AUGUCUAUUGCCCCAACAGAAUCAACCACCCUAUCUUUUGCGAAUAACUUCUGGGGUAAAGAUGACGCUGGCGUCGGUCCUCUCUUCCAGCGCAUGCAUGAUGCCAAAACUACCUGCGACGAAUUGAAGACUUUCUACACAGCCCGUGCGGCUAUUGAGGAGGAAUUUGCCAAAAAAUUAUUGGCUCUUGCUAAGAAGCCUUUAGGCUCUAGUGAAACUGGAACCUUGAAGGCAUCCAUGGAUAUUUUGAGGUUGGAGGUGGAAGGCAUGGGUAAAGCGCACCAAAGUAUCGCGAGCCAGAUGAAAACGGAACUAGAAGAACCAUUGACGGCAUUUUCCAGUACGAUGCGGGAAAGGCGGAAAAUUGUGCAAGGAGGUUGUGAGAAGAUUCUAAAGCUUAAGAUGCAGCAAACCCAGCAAACAAGAGAUCGUUAUGAGCAAGAUUGUUUGAAGAUCAAAGGAUACCUUGCCCAAGGGCAUAUGGUUAUGGGCCAAGAAGAGCGGAAGAAUAAGGCUAGACUUGAGAAGACCCAAGCUGCACUGGCUGGCUCAAAUGCAGAAUACGAAGCCGCUAUCAAGGCGUUAGAGGAGACUACCACGCGAUGGAACAGGGACUGGAAGGCUGCUUGUGAUAAAUUUCAAGAUCUCGAAGAGGAGAGGAUUGAUUUCCUCAAGGUUAGCCUGUGGAGUUUCGCGAAUAUAUCGUCCACUGUUUGUGUUCAUGAUGAUGAGUCUUGUGAGAAAGUCCGAAUGUCCCUGGAAGAUUGUGAGGUUGAAAAAGACAUCACUUCCUUUAUCUUGGAUAGGGGAACUGGACAAGAUAUCCCUGAUGCCCCCAAGUAUAUCAACUUCAGUCGUGGCGAUGUCUCGGACGAUGAUAUUUCGGAAGCUGGGGGGGAAAAUUACAGCGUAGCUCAAUUCCCUCGAGCAGGAAAUCCAGCAUAUAGAUCCUCUUCCCCCAACCCUUCAAUGACGUCCUCUUCUCAGUCUGGAUCUACACCACCAUCCGAGGUAAUGUCCCGUAUCCAGAGCAAAUCUACCCCCGAGCUACAAGCCCAGUCUCAAAGCGCUAGAUCUCGAGAUAGACAGCGUCGUGAACAUGAGCGUCGAGAAUCUGAACGGCAAGAGCUAGAAAGGAAAGAUCUUGAGCGACGUGAACUUGAACACCGGGAACACAGCCGUCGUAAUAGUCGUGAUCAACGUCUCCGAUCUGCUGAACCGCUCACUCCGCCUGCCAACCGAGAGAUACUUCAGAACGCAACACCUUCUUCAAGGUCUCGCCGUGAUACACAAUAUGCUCUGAGUUCAUCUACUGCGUCAAGAUCUCAGCAAUACGAAAGAGAAAAUUCACAACGUCAGUCAACACCCCAUAAUGAGUAUCCUCUGGACGGGAUGACCAUGUAUUGUCGCCCAGGUGCCCUUGUUUCUGACGCUGCCAGCUCGAGUGGAAGUCCAGUUGCCCGACCGCCUAGUAGUCAUGCUUCAGGAAGCGACUAUUCGAAUCCAACGUCCGUUUCGAGCCUCGGCGAUGUUGUACCUCCUCCUAGCAUCGGCGGCGACCGAAGAGGGUCUCCGACAAAACAACAACAAAUCACCAAAGACGACCCUACACAAAAACGCAGGAGCGGGUUCUUCAGUAGCGGUGGCCCAUUUAGAAGGAAGAGCAAAAGUGAAAAGGAAUCGAAUCGCCAGAUACAAUUACAGCAGCAACAGGUUCAACAGCAACAACAACAGGCUCAGCAACAGCAGGCUCAGCAGCAGCAGCAGGUAACUCAACAGCGCCGCAUUGAGGCUCAGAGACAACAAGAACAGGCUCAGAGCAGGCCCACGGGUUCUGCAAGUGCGAGGAGCAAUCGUAAUACUUGGGCACCAGGGACAAUUACUAAGAACACGAUCGCCUCACAGAGUGGUCAAAAUAGGGGCGGAUACGAAAGUGGCUCUUCUAAUAGACGCCAGCAGGAACUUUUGAUCGGUAAUGAUCGUCAUGAGAGCCCUGAACCUAUUGACCCUAGGGCCAGUUUAGCAUUGAAUGUUGGGGGUAAUGUUUUUGAUGUGUCAACGCCCGCGAUUAAAGAUAGGAGUUUGCAAAAGCCACAGGAGGAGGAGGAGGAGGUCCCAGACCUCGACCCUAUUGCACAAGCGUUGGCAGAGUUGAAAGGUGUGACGAAAGGUUCAACUAGCAGUAGAAAUACUGCAGAUAGAUAUUUUGGGUUGGCCACUCCUACCCCAGGCACGAUUCCCACACCAAAUUCGAAUCCUGGAACGGCUAGCUCUCAGCGCGGAACACCUCUCCCAGGAUAUGCCCCACCAAAAUCAAGUGCUCUUGGUCUUCCACCGCCAGCUUUCACUUCUGCUCAGAUGAUUGAGUCAACUAAAAGAUAUGUCAAUCAAAGAGACCAAAUGCUUGAUGGGCCCCCGCAAAUGCCUGCUGCAGCAGCAGAGAACUCAUUGCGAGGGAAUUCUGGGCGACAACGAGCAAAUACCAUGGAUUAUGCUGGCAAUCGUGCACAAUCCCGUCAAAGUUCCCAUGAUAUACCUAGAAAUCGACAGGAAAAUAACAGAUCGGUCAGCCCUGUUCCGACAAACCGAAGUGUUAGCCCACGCCCGCAAUUAUAUGGAGACCAUAGAUAUCGCAAUACUUCACCUCAGCCUCAACCAAUGAACAGUUACUCCCGUGGAAAUUCUCCAAACCCUUACACACAAUCUCGCCCAGGCACAGCAAACUCCAAGGGCCAGUACACUGCCUAUUCGCAUCGUUCUAUGUCACCAAUGCCAUCUGGACAGGAGGUUGCUCUUAAUGGUUUUAGAAACCAUUCACCUGCUCCAAGUCAUCACAGCAGAAAUGACAGUUACGGAUCAAGAGGGAGGAAUGCGGAGAGUGUUAGAGGUGGUUAUGAAGGGAAUACCUCAAGGCAAAGCUACUAUGAAGGUAGUCAGGGUGGAAGUCAGAUAGGAGCUGUUUCGGCAUAUCAGGGACAGGUCGCUCGGCCUAGGAGUAAGAGCGUUGUCGAUACUAGCAGAAAGUACACUAGAGAAGGAAGGCUUGUCUUACAUUAUGCGAGAGCAAUAUACCCCUACCAAGCUACCAUUGACGUAGAAUUAUCUUUCGCAAAGGGUGAUAUAUUGGCCAUUUUAAACGAACAAGAAGACGGGUGGUGGGAGUCGGAGAUUGUUGGUGUUCAGGGCAGAACUGGUUUGGUGCCAAGCAAUUAUCUCCAAAAUUGCUAG